AGCAGGUGGUUUUAUUUAUUUUUUAAAUGCUCAUCAAAUUGAAUUGAUAAAAAAAGGCAUUUUACAAAUAUAUAUGUUGUGUCCAAAAACUCCCAUAUGUGUUAAUAAUGGUACAAUCCAGUUAAGUUAAGUUACUGUUAAACUAUUAAGCAUUUGAGGGUAUAAGAUAGGAAGCAAGAUGGAGGGUCUGAAAAAAAAGAGGGUUGCCAAAUUUACAUACACACAAAAUUGCGUGCUUGUGUCACGUGUUGUUAACAACUGGGAUCGGCUUUAUGGUCAAAGAUCUCAGAUGCUGUCGCAAUCCAAAAAGGAUGCUAUAUGGAGUAGCAUAGUGGAACAAGUCAAUGCAUCCGGGGAUAUCGCACGAACCAUCAGCUCCUGCAAACGCCGCAUGGUGGAUAUAAAAAAUCUACUAAAAAAAAAAAUGACCGCCGUUGCAAAGCACCAAAGAGGCACAGGAGGAGGCCCACCAGUGGAUGUGAAUUUCACUAUAUACGAGGAGGAAUUAAAGGGGUGCCUUGGGCCAGAUACCAUCCUUGGAGUACCAGGAGAAUAUGACUCCGAUACCCAUAUGCUACAAGAACCAUUAAAUGAGGAAGAGACUGCCAACGACCACGAGGUGCAACCCGUGCAAGAGGGAGAUCACACCCUAAUGCUGUUUACUGAUGACGAUAGCACUCAAAUUUUGGUGGAGUAUGAAGUGAUGGAGGAUUCAAACCUGUGUGCUCCUGAAGAAGUGCAAAACGAAGAGGAUCCACAACCUGGACCGUCACAUCCUGCAGAUCAGCUGGAAAAUGUAACCCACAAUAAUGAUGGAGCAGUGGAUGCUGUACCUCUAACAAGUAAAUAUACAAAACACCCAGAAUUUUCUUUAUUUUUUUUUCAUAUUUCAUAGUAAGAAUCGUUUUUUUAUUUAUUAAUUUGCAGAUCUAGAAG